AUGUAUAAUCAGUGGACAUUUCCUGAAAUCUCCACAAUUGGAGAGGAUCCUUCAACACCAUCAACAACUGCAAACCCCAAUGAAUCGGAAGUGACAAGUGAAUUGGAAACGUCCCCCUCUACUUUAGACAUCACAUCCUCACCUGUUAUUACACAAAAAUAUGUAACUCCAACUCAAACCCAAAGCACACCAAUUCCUACCUCAAUGGAGUCUGAACAAUCCACGGUGGACAAUUUUUCAAUGAAGACAACUACUAAAGAUGGGUCCACAAGAUCAAGCCAAUCUUCAGAGGAAAGUACAACUGUGUCCUCAGCCACAUAUUUCACAGCUACAAAAUCUACAAAGACAACUGAAUCAGUGACACCCCCCUCCACUAUAGACAUAACAUCCUUACCUGAAGUUACAAAUACAAUUCUGAGUUCCACAGAAACAAAUCCACAAACCACAACUGGACGGACAAAGAACACUGAGUUUUCCACAACAGAGGAGCAGCCAUCAACAACAUUUACCAUUUCAACCUCCAACACAAAAUCUAUCACCUCCACAUUAACCAAUGAAUCAAACAUGUCUAGAAUGACCACUAGUCCUCAACACACUUCAAAAGAUCUAAGUGGAGAAACAACAGAAAGGACAGUCCAAGUCACACACUCCACAUCUGCUGGAAACCUCUUGUCAACAACAAGGCCACUCACAAGCGACAUGACACAAUCAAAGGUUUCAUUGAACACCCAGGAAACAUUUUUAACUUCAAAAACCACUGAACUUGGCUCCACAAGAGGUCAGGAAAUCAUAACUGCAAUUCCAACACAAAGCACUUCAAUCCCUGCCUCAAUGGAGUUUCAUACAACUAAACACAUGAGUUCAACCACCAACAUAUUGUCAACAUCAGGUAUGUCACAAUCCACUUUGAAAAUAUCUUCAAUUCAGACGACUACUAAAGAACAUCGUUCCACAAGCCAACCUUCAACAGAAAGUACAACUGUGGUAUCAACCACAGAAGAUAAUCUUUCCACACCAUUCACAACUACAAACUCUCCAAAGACAACUGAAUCAGGGACAUCCCACUCCACUAAAGACAUAACAUCCUCAACUGUUAUUACAAGACAAGAAGUAACUGUAACUCAAACACAAAGCACAUCAAUCCCUAACCCAAUGGAGUCUCAAACGACUGAACAUACGAGUCCAACCACUAAUAUAUUGUCAACAACAGGUAUAUCACAAUCCACUUUGGAAAUGUCUUCAACUGAGAUAACUACUGAAGAACAUGAGUCCACGAGUACAAUCCAACCAUCAAUGGACAGUCCAUCUGUAGUCUCAAACACAGAAAAUAUUAUUUCCACACCAUUCACAACUACAAAAGCUACAAAGACAAUGAAAUCAGUGACGUCCACCUCCACUACAGACAUAACAUCCCAACCUGUUAUUACAAGAGAAGACGUAACUGCAACUCAAACCGGAGGCACAUCAAUCCCUACCUUAAAAAAGUCUCAAACAACCGAACACAUCAGUCCAACCACCAAUAUAUUGUCAACAUCAGGUAUGUCACAAUCCACUUUGGAAAUGUCUUCAACUGAGAUGAGUACUGGAGAACAUGGGUCCACAAGUACAAGCCAAAUUUCAAUGGAAAAUAGAAUAGUGUCCUCAACCACAGAAGAGAAUCUUUCCACAUCGUUCACAAUUACAAAUGAUACAAAGAUAAUGAAAUCAGUGACGUCCACCUCCACUAAAGACAUAACAUCCCAACCUGUUAUUACAAGACAAGAUGUAGUUGCAACUGAAACCCAAAGAACAUCAAUCCCUACCUUAAACAAGUCUCAAACAACCAAACACAUCAGUCCAACCAUCAAUAUAUUGUCAACAUCAGGUGUGUCACAAUCCACUUUGGAGAUGUCUUCAACAAAGACGUCUGCUAAAGAACAUGGUUCGACAAGCCAACCUUCAACUAAAAGUACAACUGUGGUGUCAAACGCAGAAGAUAAUCUUUCCUCAUCAUUCACUCAUACAAACUCAGCUAUAUCACAAUUCACUUUGGAAAUAUCUUCAACUAAGAUGACUACUGAUGAACAUGGGUCCACAAGUAUAGGCCAACCUUCAUUGGAAAGUACAACUGUGGUCUCAACCGCAGAAGAGCGUCUUUCCACAUCAUUCACAGCUACAAACUCCCCAAAGACAAUUGAAUCAGUGACGUCCACCUCCACAACAGCCAAAACAUUCCAACCUGUUGUUACAAGAGAAGACAUAACUGCUACUCAAACCCAAAGCACAUCAAUCCCUACCUCAAUGGUGUCUCACACGACUGAACAUUCGAGUCCAACCAACAAUAUAUUAUCAACAUCAGGUAUGUCACAAUCCACUUUGGAAAUAUCUUCAACUAAGAUGACUACUGAUGAACAUGGGUCCACAAGUAUAGGCCAACCGUCAAUGGAAAGUACAACUGUGGUCUCAACCGCAGAAGAGAGUCUUUCCACAUCAUUCACAGCUACAAACUCCCCAGAAACAACUGAAUCAGUGACGUCCACCUCCACAACAGCCAAAACAUUCCAACCUGUUGUUACAAGAGAAGACGUAAAUGCAACUCAAACCCAUAGCACAUCAAUCCCUACCUCAAUGGAGUCUCAAAAAACUGAAUACACCAGUCCCAACCACCAACAUAUUGUCAACAUCAGGUAUGUCACAAUCCACUUUGGAGAUGUCUUCAGUUGAGAUGUCUACUAAAGAAACAUGGUUCCACAAGCCAUCCUUCAAUGGAAAGUACAGCUAUUGUCUCAACCACAGAAUAUCAUAUUUCCAAACCAUUCACAAAUACAAACUCUCCAAAGACAACUGA